AUGCCAUUUGGAAUACGUUCUCGCUCCUUUCACGUAGAGAAUAAUGAAAUGGGGGAAGCUCAUGAAGUCAGAGUGCUGCAGAUUCUUCGGCGCGGCUCUUGCGUCGUCUUGGGUGCUUACACAGUUGCCUUAUGCUAUCGUGUGGGUAUUUUUCACCGCCUUUUACCACGCUUUGUGAGCGCCACGUUGGAAAAGGGUGUAGAGGCCAUAAAAGCGCAUACUGAGCCGCUUAGGUAUCCCAAGCGUUAUGCACUUAUUCGUCGUCAUCUUCUGCGGGUUUACGGUUUAGCUGCCUCCGGUAUGCUCACCGCCGCCGCGGGUGCCGCUCUCUUUUGGUACUUCCCUCAACUCCCUAUUACUCUUUCGAUUGCCAGUACGGUGAUUCCCGCGGGGAUCUUGCUGGGUAUUUCGCCAAAGGUGAUCCUCCCCGCUGGCCGAAUGCUUUGUUUUUAUCUGUGCUGGCUGUCAGCGGGGUAUUCGAUGGGUCCUCUGGCCUGGGUUGCGCAGGAUACGCUGCUUGUUUUCGCUUUUUUUUCCGGCUUUACGAUGAUCGGGCUAUGUCUUCCUCUUUUCCUCACGCGUGGGAUGGUGAGCUACGUCGUGAGCACACAAAUCCUUUCCGCUUCCCUUUCCCUUUUUCUCAUCACCACGCCAAAGCAUGGGACGAAAAUUACGCCCUUGAGCGACUUUAAAAAACACGCAGGGAUGCAGCUCAUUUUGAAUGGGGAUAUUAAUGUGUUGUUGACUUUGCAGCUUGCGAUGAAUGUGGGAAUCUCCGCACUCCAUACCCUUCCUACAAUUCAUCGUUAUAUCUCUUGGAACGAAAAGUCUCUUGCCGAGCUCGAGGCAACUAACGAUGCACUGAAAGAGGCGAUGUGUAUUUGCGCGGCGUGGAACUACUUGGCAUAUCGUUGCGUGCGUUCGUUUAUGAAGUUAUUUAUUCAAAACGUGAUCAACGAGGAUGCAAAAGAUACACUACGAAAAAAAUGUGCUUCGGUAAAGAUCUUGGAUUCGACGGGUGUUAUGAAUGUGAACUCCUUUACUGGCGCGGCGUCUGGACUUGUUAUGCUUUUGUGGUACGUGAGAACGGUAUCUUUACUCCAGCAAGGGAAUCCAGCAGUUGCUUUGGAGCGUGUUCGUGGGGUUUGUGCAAGGUGCUCCCCAAUAGGUAUUCUUUUGGGAAGCAACAACAUUUUUAUAUCAAACUCUCCCCUGCCAAACUAA